AUGGAUUUACCUGUUUAUGCGAAAGCUAACGUCGACUAUGAUCAGGUCUCGAACUUGCGUCGCCUCGUCGCGGACCAUGCCGACCUUCACAAUUCCGACCUUCCUCCAAAUUACCUUUUCCCCAGCUCAGAUGCACACUCUUCGGCAGGCGACGACCUAACCCAGCUGACGGUUCUUCUGACUGGACCGUAUGGAACGCCAUACUCAGGCGGUCUCUGGCGGUUGCAUCUGAAAAUCCCGGAAGACUACCCGCAGAGCCCACCGAAGGCUUUCUUUAAAACCCGUAUAUGGCAUCCGAAUGUGGAGGAAUCGACGGGCGCUGUGUGUGUCGACACACUCAAGAGAGACUGGGAGCCCAAGUUGACAUUUAGAGAUAUAUUAAUUACAAUUUCGUGUCUCCUGAUCCAUCCAAAUCCAGACUCCGCAUUGAACUCGGCAGCAGGGGCCUUGUUGCAGGAAGACUAUGAGGCAUUCGCCCGUCAGGCUAAGCUCAUGACGUCAAUUCAUGCUCCGAUACCACCAGAAAUGAAAGAGGCGGUCAUGGAAGCCAAGCGAAGAGGCGAAGAUCCACAAAUGGCGAUCCGCAUGGAGGAAGAUCUGCAACCGGUUGCUGUUCGCAAAUCGACAAGGGCAACGUCUUUGAUCAUGAAAAAGAAACCCACCCAGAACCAGGAACGGUCGAGUCAAGGCGAACGAGAAUCCCAUGAGCAGGGUUCGGUGGCCAAUGUUUCAGACGACGAGGACGACGACCCGGCGAUAGCCUCAAAAGAGAACGAUCCGUCCUUAUCCCCAUCUCCGGUGACCAUCCCGCCGCCAAGUCCCAGGAAAAAUGUCCUGGGAAAGCGGCCACUAUCUGUUCUAGCAACACCGAUUGAUACGGACAUAGUCAUGGCUGAUACAGACGAGACGAUGUAUGAUGGAAUGACUCCUUCAGAGAAGAACAUCGCAGCGAACAACAGCAAUACGUCUUCACAGAGGGGAGACGGCUCCUCUCCGAGGAAGUCUCCGAAGUUAUCCAACCUGAGCAGCGGUCCCAGCAGAGUACCGUCUCCAAACACGACAACAAUCCUAGCCUCGAGAACUGGUGCCCAAGGAUCUUCUCAAUCGCAAUACGCGAUCUACGAAGACAGCCAUGGAAGCCUUACCAACAACCCUAACAAUCGCUCCGUGAGCCAGGGGAAGGAGAACCUGGGAACGAGCCUGACGACGGGCUCAAAAGAGCCAGCCGCGGGAGGAGUCAUCCCGAAGAAUGCUGGUACAUCAUCGUCGUCAUCGUCAUCAUCAUCAUCAUCUUCCUCGAUAGCCACAAAACCUCUGGCACCUAAUAAGAUCACCAAACCGAUCUCAGGUCCUCCCCGCAAGGCCGCUUCGUCGAAAAGGGAAAGACUUAAUAUUGAUGACGACGUUGACGAUUUUGAUGAUGAUGACGAUGACGACGAUGAAAUGAUGAAUGAAUGA